AUGGAUAACAAGGAACCAACUCAGACGAUUCACGAUGAAGUUACUGCUUCGAAGGCGGAGCAUCACAAUCCCACCGGAACAGUCACUCUACUCGAAGACGGAGAGAUCAUCUUGAUUCCUACUCCUUCUCCUGACCCACGGGAUCCACUUAAUCUCCCCGUUGCUCAGAAAUUAUUGAUCAAUAUCACUCUUGGAUUUUUUGCCAUAUUCAGUGUCCUAUUGACCUCAGGCAUGGGCCCCAUUCUCACCGUCAUCUCGGCUUACUACGAGGGUGACUCUCGAACCUUGACCUGA